CUAGACGCAGCACACCGCGUUGUCACGAUUUCUAGACUUCCACGAUGCAUUCUGUUGUCCGCCCAAAUGCAUGGGUGGCUCUGAAACUUCCAUCGGGAAGCACUAAAGUCAUACAAAUUGCCCCGAACACCACAAUCUCGCUCGGGAAAUACGGCUCCUUUCCUUCCAACCUGAUCAUCGGGCGGCCGUACCACCUUACCUUUGAGCUACAAGACAAACUUCCCAACGAAACCUUCUCGCGCCUCCGCGUCGUCCCCGCAGAUGAGCUCUAUGCCGAAGUCUUCGCCGAGGAAGCGGGCCCGGGCUGCGCGACGCCCGACGCCGCCGGCGCAAACGAUACCGUGAUAUCUACAACCGACGGAGAAGAGUUCAGCCUGGUUGACGACAAGGGAAAUGUUGUUGCGCGCUCCAACCGCGAGGUUCUCGACGAGAACGCGCGCCAGACGCUAACGCAGGAUGAGAUCGAGGAGCUGAAGCGCGAGGGGACCAAUGCCGGCAAGGAUGUCAUUGCGAAGCUGCUGCUCUCGCACACGGCGCUGGACCAGAAGACGAGCUUCAGCCUGGCUAAGUACAAGCUGCUCAAGACAAAAAAGUACAUUCGGCGGUUCCAAGUCCUGCCCAUCGACGUCGAGAACUUGGCGCACUGGCAGUUGGAGGAGAGGGAUGCGAGCAAGAUUAUGGAUAUGCGGGCUGAGAUGAUUGGCCUUGUCGGGUGCUGGGGUAAUGUGCAUUACGGCGGCGAUGAGGUCUUCCUCCCGGAUCCAAAGACGUCCAGCGCCGAAGGCGCAGGGGCUUGCGUUCCUGUGGAUCGGGACGUUCUCAAGGGAAGGUGGCUGGCCGUGGACGAUACCUGCGGUCUGCUAGUUGCUGCCAUGGCGGAGAGAAUGGGAAUCCUCUACGAGGGCGAAAACACUGAGUCGGAGGUAAAGGCGGAAGAACAUAAGGGGAUGGCAACAGAGCAAGCUCCUGCGCGCUCAGAAAUUCCCGAGAAGCCGCAGAGCAAUACACCGGCAACUGAAUCGACACAGAAGGAUGGCGACGCCGAGAUGACAGAUGCGCCAACCAAGCCCGUCAAGCGAGAGAGCGACGUCAAGCCAAAACAACUAAACCCUCGGCCCUCCGAUUUUGCAACUCCCUACUCCCAAACCAACACCAUCACAGUGAUUCACGCAACCAGCCAGCCGAAUCUGUCGCUCCUCAACUACUGGGGCUUCGACAUCACCGCGCCCAAUCACCCGCCGCAUCCCCUUCUGAACCAUCUCCUCACCCUCAGCUGGCUGCAGCUCCUAAAGCCAGAGCUCGACACAGCCUACUCCACACCACCGCCCACCGCCACGCCCGAGACGCUUGCGUCGUGGAAGCCCAGCCGGCGGGGCAACUUCCACCGCAAGCGCAGGCGGUACGCCCGCAUCCGGCACAUCGUCGACAGCACAAGGACGGGCAAUUUCUCGGGCCUCGUCUGCGCAAGCACCAUGGAUCCGAUCAGCAUCCUGCGGCACACUCUCCCGCUCCUGGCGGGCGGCGCGCCCGUAGCCAUCUACUCGCCCUCGGUGGAAUCGCUGGCGGCGCUUGCCGACUGCUUCAGCGUGCCGCGCCGCACGGCCUGGGUCAGCGGGGCCGCGCCCGAGAUCGAGGGCAUGUCCAACGAGGAGCUGGAGCGCUGGCCGGGCAACGAGCGGUUCCCGCUCAACCCGACGCUGUUGCAGGGCGUGUCAAUACAGACCAGUCGGGCCCGUCGGUGGCAGGUCUUGCCGGGCAGGACGCACCCGCUGAUGACGGAACGCGGGGGCGCGGAUGGGUAUGUGUUUACUGCGUGGAAGGCUAUACCGGCCGAAGGCAAGGUGGCGGCCAAGGGGAAGUUCAAGCGCCGGAAGGUAGAGUCUGAGGCGGCGACUCCGGCUGCAGCGUGAAGGUCUCCAGCAGAUGGGGGGUGGUAUGUAUAUCCGAGGUGACCGAGGGGAUAUGGGGCAUCUGCUUAUAUUUUGGCGUCGCUGGAUACCUUGUGUCAAAUAGGGACAUGUGUCAUUCAUGGAAAUGCGAGUGUCCUGUUUUAUAGCGUCGCCUGCCUUUCUCGGUGCUUCUAUUCCGGUAGCAACCUCCUUUCCUUCCGCCCAUUUUAGGGCGCCUCUCGCUCACAACCCCUUGCCCAUAAACUUGCGCUUGGUGAAGCUCAACCACCACUUGCUCGGCUUGGCCUCUCCUUCGUCGUAUACCCUUGCC